AUGAAGAUGUUAGAUGCUUGGGAUAUCUUAUUGUCAAAACUUGAAGAUUUUUCAGUUCGUGGUAUAAAGUUUUAUACACCUUCUCCAAACUUCUAUUCUAUCUUCACUGGAUAUAAAUAUGAACAAGUAGAAUGGAAAGAAAAUAUUAUAGAAGCUUGGUUAGACCAUGUCAAAGAAAUUAUAUGCAAUGGAAACGAAAAGGUUUAUGAGUAUAUCUUAUGUUGGUUUGCAAACAUCUUACAACAUCCAAGUGCUAAAAAUGAAACUGCUCUCAUUAUAAUUGGAAAACAAGGAACAGGUAAGAACACAUUCUUUACAGAUAUUUUGUGCAAACUGUUAGAAGGUUAUUCGAAUCCGAAUAUGACAAACUUAGAAAACAUCUGCGGUAAAUUUAACUCUUCAAUUGAGAAUAUGAAACUUAUAGUUUGCAAUGAACUUCAAAGUAUAGAUACAACAAAAGUUUUGAACUCAGAUGCUUUGAAGAGUCUUAUAACAGACAAAGUUGGAGUUGUUGAAAGAAAGUAUAAAGACCAAAGAGUUUGUGAAAAUGUUGCAAACUUCAUUAUGGUUUCAAACAAUGCUGUUCCGAUGAAGUUAGAAAGUUCUGACAGAAGAUAUGUAGUUGUCAGAACGUCAGAUUCUCAUAUGCAAGAUACAGAAUAUUUUGACGACUUAGCAGAAACUUUGACAUCUGACUUUUACAACCACUUGUUCUCAUAUUUCAUGACAUUAGAUAUUUCUAAGUUCAAUCCAAGACAAAUUCCACAUACCGAAGAGAGACAAACAUUGUUAGAAGCAAACAAGAGUGUAUAUGAACUGUUCAUAGAUGAAACUGACUUUGUGUCAUUAGAUGAAAGGUCAUUGUACGAUUCGUAUAAACAAUAUUGUCAAGAAUAUGGUUAUAUGA